GUUCGAAUACAUGAUAUAAAGUACAGCAAGGCAAGCAAGUAGAAAUAUUUCUUUCAAGAAAAUAAACAAUAAACAUCUAUAUACAAAUUUACGUGAAAUUAUAAAAUGGCAAAUAAACAAAACGAAAAGAAUCUAUUAUUAAAUUCUUCGUCACCAAAGUCUUUAAAUUCUUCAUUAUCUUCAAGAAGAAAAUCUUUCUAUGGACAGAAUGCAUUACCAGAAAAUAAUGAUGACGAAGAACGUUUGGCGUUACACCGUGAGAUGAAUAUUGAUAACACAUCGUCAACAAAAGUAAAAGAAACUGGUAAACGACAAUCUCUGGGACUUGCAUGUUUAGCGCAAAUAUCAGCUCCUGAAAUAACCGAUCGUAUAUACGAGUGUAUAAAGCUGAACAGCGAGAACAAAAUUACUGCGAAGAACGCUUUUAGCUUAGAAAUGAUUGAUUUAAUGACUUACAUGAUCAAGAAACAAGACGUUAACAUAUCUAAUUUACAAGUAGCUAGUACGUCCUUGGACGUGAGUGCAAAGAUUUAUGGUUUUCGUGUAGACAGUGUUUAUACAGAAAUGUUGAAAUUGGUCGGUGGAUUGGACAAAGAGAAGAACGAAACGCCAACGGACGAUUACCACGAAGAUACGAAUAAUGUGGAAGGGAACAAAAUAAACGACGCAGAGAAAAUAAAACAAAUAAAAUCGAAGAGAAGGAGACAAAAGAUUUUUUCCUCCGCGAACGAUUUGAAAGGAACUGUUGAAACAGUGAAACCUUCGCCAUGGUUAAUGGACCAGGAAGAUAUACAAACUACGGACGCGUUAUACCAAGUAGUACUGCCAAUUCAUGCGAAUUCGAGGUUUUAUUUACACAGGCAUAAUGAUAUAAUUGUAGAUACUGUAGACUCUAAAAGAAAUAUCAAAGAUAUAAAGGUAAAUAUUCCACAAGUAGAACAUUUUUCUGAAUUAAGCAUAUGUCCGCCUUUGGUUCAUUUUGAAUUCUGUGGUUCGACCGACGAUAAAGAAGAAGAAGAAGAAGAAGAAGAAGAAGAGAAUAGAUUUCACUUUGACUUGGAUGCUAGUUUACCAUCGGAAGAUGAAGCAAUUCAUCGUGAUGUUCACGAUGACGAAGACAAUGUAGAAAAAUGUAUGGAAGCGAGAGGACCUCUGGAAGAAGUUGUUGAUUUUUGUAAACUUGUGACUCGUACGGAGGCAACAGAAAUGUCGGAGUAUUCUUUUCUUCGGAAAGGUACAAAGUUUCACUGGGCUGGUCCGACCCAUUGGAAAUUGCAUAAUUUAAAAAAACUCUUCGGAGAGAGCAGAGUCGUAGAGAAAUGUCAUCUAGAACGAGGCACGAAAAGGAAAGAAAUAGAACUUUCUUAUGACGAUGACGCAAAACAAGCUGUGUUACCAAAGUUCUCAUCUGUACCAGCUUCGAGAGUGGAAAUCAGGCAUGCCAGAGCAAAAUGGCAGGAAGAAGUUCUUACACUACCGCGAGAUAUGUAUUAUAAUAUCGAAUCUGUUACCAAACUGUACCUCCAUAAACUAAUAACGGCUUUAAGAAACGAGGACAUAUUAAAUACUACUCAUGCGUCUGACAUUAAUAAUUAUAAUUACGAUAAUGAAAAUGAUUCGAUAAACUAUUGCCCUAACGAAGAUUACGUAACGAAUGGUAACAAUGAUAAUGACGUAGCUGAGAUGAUUUUUACUGAAGAUAAUUUGGUUGCCGCGCCUAAAUUAACAAAUAAGAUAUGCAUCGCGUAUAGCACUCGUGAAAAAAAGGUUGACAUGAAAGAAUUGAAGGAAUGUAUUUGGAAAAUCCUGGAUUCGAGUAACGAUGGCACGAAUGUAAAUACAGAAAACGCAGUGCAACAGGAAACAGAAAAUAAAAUCAAAGAAAAUACAUAUUUCAGUGACGUUUAUAAAAGGUUGCCAGGUGUAUUAACAAAAACUAACGCAGAGGCACUGACUGUUCCCCUUUCCUUUGUAUCGUUGCUACAUUUAGCAAGCGAAAGAAACUUAGAAAUACAAUCUGUUCCAGAUAUGUCUGAUAUUAUUGUAGUAACGAAUAAAGAAUAA